AUGUCCACUAACAUGUCCACAUCGGACCUGCCACCAGGACGCAGGGGGCGCGCCGGACUGGGCGCGCCUGGCGGGGCCCGGCGCCCGGGGAGGGGCCUGCCUGUUCCCGGGGGCAGGACGGCGCCCAGAGGCCGGGGCCAGCGGGGAGGGCCGGGCGGGGGCGGGGACGCGGGUCGAGGCUACCACUUGUGCUGCUCGCCCAGGCCAGGCUCCUGCUGGCCGGCGCUACGCACUGGCCAGCCCGGCCGGGGACAGUCGGGAAGGCGGCGCCAGCCGGUGGGGCGGGGGCCCCGAAGUGGGUUUUGGGCCGCCACCCGCUCUGGCACUGGGCUUAGAGGGCGGCACGAAGUGCGCUCCGUGCCCGGGCACCGCACCGGGCUUGUCUCGGUAUCUGCCAUUCUGCCCCAGCCAGGAAAACCAGGCGCCUUCCAGGCCCUUCGAAAGAUGGAUUCUGUUGACGUAUCUGGCGGCCCUGGCGAGCAGGGUGGAAAGUUGGUUUUUGCCAGAUCGUGCUGGGAUCUUCUUUGUGCCGCUCAGCAAGUCCCGCAUCCCGCUGGAGCAGGGAGGCAAACAGCACGGAGGCAGAAAUAAAGCAAUGGAACAUACAUCGUAAUGCGUCUGGAGCAGCAUCAGAAAAGGACUUAUUUGUUCUCCUGGGCUGUGGAGUGCCGAGUGAUUGAAUGCUCGCCAAGCUGUCAGUUUUAUGAAACAAAUUCCCUAACCCCCUUGGCCCAGAGCUUUGCUCAGUCUGAGAUGGAAAAGAAAUAACUUUUAAUAGAAAACUCAUUGCUAAAAUCUAAGAUAAGAUUUCAGAGUUACUUCCCUCCUAAGACUAAAAUGAAAUAUGGAAGCAGGCAUUUGAUGGCAGAGGAGGAGGACAGGCUAUUAGGGGGUCUCGUUUCUUUUCAGUUCUUGGUUAAUACACUGUUAAUAAAAAUAUUUAGACUUUU